AUGGACCGGGGUGCUCGUUCCACAGAUGGACCCGCUGCUACUUCCGCAGAGAGACCCGCUGCUCCUGCCGGAGAUGGACCGGGUGCUCCUUCCACAGAUGGACCCGCUGCUACUUCCGCAGAGAGACCCGCUGCUCCUACUGGGAUUGGACCGGGUGCUCGUUCCGCAGAUGGACCCGCUGCUCCUUCCGCAGAGAGACUCGCUGCUCCUACCGGAGAUGGACCGGGUGCUCCUUUCCCAGAUGGACCCGCUGCUCCUUCCGCAGAUGAACCCGCUGGUCUUCUAAAUACACCAAAUCCUCUUCCAGGUAUACCUGAGACUGCUCCUCGAAGUAGUCCUAUUGCUUUUCCACGUGGUGAAGUGGGGAUGAUGGCAGUAUCUGGCGUGUUUGUCUCAGAAAAAGAACUGACUGAUUCCUCCGAAUCGUCGCACUCGGUCAAAACGACAGACGCACUGUUUGCCCACUCUCAAGGUCGCUCCGACUCAACUGCUUUGCUGCCACCCCCACCCCCUGCAUUGUGUAUAUCCCCACCAACAAAGUCAUGGCGGGAGAAACCGAUCUGA